UUUUGGAAGAUCGGUGCCGGCAGUGUCGGCGGCGCGGAGCCACCUUGCUGCCGGGCUGUGGUUGCCGGCCUCAUGUCCCUGGACCUUAGGCCGUAACCAGCCCCCGCCGAAGCCCGCAGCAGGCCGGGGUAGCACAGUCUGGGCCCUCGGCGCCCCUGGGGGAGGGCCCGCAGCCUCGCCUGGUCUUCGGCGGCGGGAGCAGCUCCGCCUUCUGGAUCUCGGUGCCUUCCCGGCGACCGACGAUUGGCUCCCUUGGAAUUUCGAUUCGCCGGGUGACCUUGCGCUCUGGGUGACGCCUCGCUUGUAGUUCGUGGCUGCUCUUGGCUGUUCAGGAGCUUUGUGAGAGAAUUUCAGUGUGUGGAAACAUUGGUCUGGGUUCCAACCAGUGUAUAUCUGAAGGUCUCAAUAUAAUACCAGGACCAAAAUACUGCAUAUCUGUCAGCUGGCCAGCCAUAUACUUAAUGACUCCUAAAAGUCUCAUGGACUUCUAAAGAAGCACCAUGGCCUGUGCUGCUGUCUUGGUUCCUGGGUUGUUGCGAGGCUCUGUUGGAGCCAUCUGCUCCCAGGCUGCUUUCUUGAAAUCGACACGUGGCUCUUUGCGCCACCUUACGCUAACCAGCAUAAUGAAAUCCAAAAGGAAGACUGAUCACUUGGAGAGAACUGCAAAUGCCCUUCGACAGGAGGUUGUGACGGCAGCUAAGGUGUGUGGAACAGCCAAUGAGUCACCCUCUGUGAAGAGGCUCCGCCUGCUUGUUGCUGAUCAAGACUUUUCCUUUAAAGCCGGCCAGUGGAUUGAUUUCUUUAUCCCAGGAGUCUCUGUGGUUGGUGGGUUCUCAAUAUGCUCCAGCCCCCGGCUGUUAGAACAGGAGAGAGUAAUAGAAUUGGCAGUGAAAUAUACGAACCACCCUCCUGCUGUCUGGAUUCACAAGCAGUGCGCACCUGACUCUGAAGUGGCCGUGAGAGUGGGUGGAGAGUUCUUCUUUGACCCUCAGCCUGCGGAUGCCUCUAGGAACCUCGUGUUGAUCGCAGGAGGAGUCGGGAUUAACCCUCUGCUUUCCAUCCUGCGGCACGCGGCCGAUCUCCACAGAGAAUGGGCAAACCAAGGAAGUGGAUAUGAGAUAGGGACAAUAAGACUCUUCUACAGCGCAAAAAACACCAGCGAACUCCUGUUUAAGAAAAAUAUCCUCGAUUUAGUAAAUGAAUUUCCUGGGAAGAUUGCAUGCAGUUUGCAUGUUACAAAGCAGACUACACCAAUCAGUGCAGAACUCAAGCCAUACAUCACGGAAGGAAGAAUAACGGAGAAGGAGAUAAGAGAGCACAUUUCAAGAGAGACUUUGUUCUACAUUUGUGGCCCACCUCCAAUGACAGACUUUUUCUCCAAGCAACUAGAAAACAGCCAUGUUCCCAAGGAACACAUCUGUUUUGAGAAGUGGUGGUAGGGAGCAGGCAAAGGUAGAAGGAGAGGUUUUGGGAUUUCCCCGGGACGCGAUUCGAGGCGGACGAAGUUACCGCCACUCCAUCUUUCCUUAAGGCUGUGGGCAGAGUGACCUGCUGGGGCAGAAAAGAAAAACAGCUGACAAGACUUAAAUGAUCACCUUUCGGCAAGGACUUCGUUGAACUAUUUUUUACUGUAUUGACUUUCUUUUAUUAGUAACUGUUUGAUUAUCUCAUGAUGUACCUUGAAUUGAUUUCCUUUCCCCUGAGGGAAAAAGAAGACAUAUACUUACAUUUAAUCAUAAGAAAAUGAGGUUUUGUGUGCGAAAUGUAGGCUAUCUUUAAAUUAUUUGACAGCAGCCUAUAUAUCUUAUAUUCAAUAAACUUAUAAUUUAAACACAUUCUUAA